UUUUGGUUUUAGAAAAGUGUGUUUUAUUUAAAUAUAAAAAAUAACUAAAUACAGCUAUAGUUUGGGAAAAUCCCCGUUUAAAAAAGUAGUUUUCAAUUAAAAACAGAAUGGGCGAUACCGAUGCGAUGAGACCAUCCGGUCCACCACGGCCACCAUUUCCGGGAGGCAUGCCACCCAGGCCAAUGGGUCAACCACCUAGACCGGGAGGUCCACCUAUGCAACAAAACGUUAGACCCGGUGGACCACCACCACCCUUACGUACUAUGGAUAGUCGUGGAAACUUAUUAAUGGGUCCCGGUGCACCAGGUCCAAGACCUGGUGGUCCUGGACCACAAAAUCCACAAAUUCGCCCUCAAAGUGGUAGUGGACAACAAAGUCCACCAGGUCAAGGUGCACCUAGACCCCAAGGUGCUUUUCCAUGGCCACCACAGGCGCCAGGGCAGCCGCAAACCAAUAGACCACAGAAUCCUUUUCCCGGUAAUCCACAGUCCAGACCACCCUUUAAUCGACCACCUGGACAGCCACCAAAUACUCAAACGCAACAACAACAACAGCAACCACAACAGCAGCAACAACAGCAACCACAACAGUCGCUGCAGCAGCAACAACAACCUCAAGCAAGACCUCCUUCGCAACAGUCCCUACAACCACCACAACGUCCACCCUCAUCGAUGUCCAAUAAUGAUGACGAUGAUGUCAUUAUGGGUCAAGCUGUUACACCUCUUAAAACCUCUACAUAUCUCAAAAACGAUCCUAUGGGUCAAUCACUAAUCGAAGAAAUCGAACCACCUUUUAAAGAAGAUUUUGAAUCACCUUUAACUGCAAAAACUAGUGACUUGUCACUGACUUCUCCUGAUUCGUAUGCCAAUGAUACAAGUCUGCAAAAGUCAAUUAUUGAAGAGCCCUCAACUUCAGACACAACAUCAAACAAACCGAAAAAAGUAGAAUUAUCUAAAGGUGAUAAUGACAGUGGUGUUGAUGAGUCAACUCAGGAGAAGGAACGCAACGGACCUGGUUCGCCUAAUUCACCAGCUAAAACCCCAACAUCGGUAUCAUCGAAACCAGAAAAGUCAGCUACAACUUCACGACCACCAAGUACUACACCAUCUAAUAAAUCUUCAAAAUCACGUAGUACUUCACGUAAUCGUUUGCUACUUGCUAAGACUCCUGAACCGGAACCAGUUAAAAAAGUUCCAAUGAAUAAAAUUCAAGUUGGACACGCUCCUUCACCUAAUUUGAAGGCCGUACGCUCCAAAAUUGGAUCACUCGAUAAUGCUAGCUACAAGCCAGGUGGUGGCAAUGUUAAAAUCGAAUCAAAGAAAAUUGAAAUUAAAGCCGCCCCAAGAAUUGAAGCUAAAAAUGAUAAAUAUACACCAAAAGGCGGUGAGAAAAAGAUAAUUUCAACAAAAUUACAAUGGAAUGCCAAAUCGAAAAUUGGUUCCUUAGAAAAUGCCAGCCAUAAGCCAGGCGGUGGUGAUAAGAAAAUUGAAACAAUUAAAACUGAUUUCAAGGAUAAGGCUAAACCUAAAGUCGGUUCGAAAGAUAAUGUCAAACAUCAACCCGGUGGUGGUGACAUCAAGGAGUCUAAAGAGCCUGAACCACCAGCUAAGGAUAUUCAAACACAAAAACUUGAAAUUAAGGCACAAAGUAAAGUUGGUUCUUUGGACAAUGUUAAGCACAAGCCUGGUGGCGGUGAAAAGAAAAUCUUUGAUGACAAGGAUUAUUUGAAAAAUAUUGAACAUGGUGUACCUUUAACUACACCACCAGCUCAGCAAUUUUGGAAGGCACCUAAAAUCCAAAGAUCCACCACUUUAUCAACAUCCAUGUCAUUGCCAGCCGAAUGUUUGGUCUUGUCCGUAUCGAUGCCAUCGUUGAGUAAUGAUCGCAAGAGAUCCAAGAGUGCAGGACCCAAAAAGAAAAAGGGUCAAGCUACACAUCCAAAACCCUUCCGUUUGUAUUAGGAAUAUUUAAUAUUUUUAAAUUAAUUUAUUAAUUUAUUCCCAAAAUUUAAUAAUAAUAAUGAAUUAUCAUUGACUUUUCCUAUAAAAUUGGGAAUAAGUUUUUAUCACUCUAAUCUCUCACGAACUU